AUGGAGGAAGGUAGCAAUGGAUUCAAAGUGACCUUCGCGGUUCUGAUAGUGAUAACUAUCACUGGUAAUUCUCUGGUUUGCCUUGUAGUACGUCGCUUUCCAUUCAUGAAAACACCAAUGAACUAUCUUCUCGUCCAUCUUKCUCUAUGCGAUAUGUUAACAGCGGUUUUUCUUUUCCCUCGGUUUGUACUUUCCGGAUUUUACCAGCAUCCAAGCGGUCCUCURGGGGACUUCCUUUGUAAAUUUGUAACUGAUUCAAGUUUGUCGUGGCUAACAACAUAUACAGGUCUUUAUAAUCUAGUCGUCAUWGCGUGGGAGAGAUAUAACGCGAUAAUAAAGCCACUUGCUCCAAGGUUCUCCAACACGAGGCUCAAGGUGGUCAUUGGAAUAUGCUGGUUGAUAGGCUUCCUGGUUUGGCUUCCAACGGUGGUGUCUCUUGCUUACAGCCCUCCUACCAAGUCUUGUGAAGUAUUUUUUAAAGCCCCGUAUGGCKCCAAGGUGGACUCYCUUCUGUUUCURAUCGUGGGUGGCAUUSURCCAUCWCUCAUMAUGAUCGUCCUGUACAGURGAAUUGUKGGAAAGCUUUGGUGGUCCAGCGAAGACAGGAAUGGAAAUGUCGCCGAACGAUCACUUCUCAAAGCGSGCAAGAAAAUAACGACGUCUCUUAUCACACCACUUGCUCCAAGGUUCUCCAACACGAGGCUCAAGGUGGUCAUUGGAAUAUGCUGGUUGAUAGGCUUCCUGGUUUGGCUUCCAACGGUGGUGUCUCUUGCUUACAGCCCUCCUACCAAGUCUUGUGAAGUAUUUUUUAAAGCCCCGUAUGGCKCCAAGGUGGACUCYCUUCUGUUUCURAUCGUGGGUGGCAUUSURCCAUCWCUCAUMAUGAUCGUCCUGUACAGURGAAUUGUKGGAAAGCUUUGGUGGUCCAGCGAAGACAGGAAUGGAAAUGUCGCCGAACGAUCACUUCUCAAAGCGGGCAAGAAAAUAACGACGUCUCUUAUCACAGUGACGCUUGUUUUCUAUGCUUGCUGGAUGCCCAACCUGAUCUACUACCUCAUUAUUGCCUUUUCAUCAGAAACAACUCCAUUAACACAAGACUUUGAUAAUGCAGCUCCAUUUUUCCACCCCUUGACCCAUGUCUUGCACGUUUUAAACUCUUGUACUAACCCUUUUAUAUACGCUCUUAGAGACGAACGGUUCAGAAAAUGUAUUUGCAGUCUGCUUUGCAUAAAUCGAAGAGAGAUAAAUUCCCAGCAAAAUGACAUUCCUAUGAACCGCAUUGCUCCCGCUUCAGUGGAUGGCAACAUCUGA